AUGAGCUCCUCUGAAGACGAUACCCCACUCGUUAAAAUGAACGGUAGAUCUUCCGUAGGUCAACCCAACGGCGUCACGAACAGCGCAUCCAAAACCAACGGCCAUGUCGACCCUGGCGUAUCCAUCCGAUUUGGGCCCGUACAAAACGAUGGCGACACUGAGAUGAGAGAUACAGACGGCAUCAACGGUCUUAGCAAAAGAAAGGCGCGAACCAGUGUUGGCAAUGCAAAGUCGUAUGCGGAGCCUGAGAGCAGCGAGGAGGACGAGCCACUAAGCAAACGUCGCCGCACCUCGGUGAAACACGAGGAUCCAGAGACGGACGAAGACGUGCCGCUCGCGCUCAAUGGGAGAAAACUCCCCAAGGCUUCAGAAACAGCAAUCGGCAACGAAUCCGACUCCGAUGUUCCGAUUGAAAGAAAGUUGGCCGCCGAGAAGAAGAAGAUUCAGAUCAAGGCCGAAAAGGGCGCAGAAUCAAACCGGAAAACCGCCAAACCAGCGGCAGCUCCCAAGAAAGUGGCGAACGGGGUAAAGAAGGAGCCUACGACGAAGCAGCCACUUAAGCAAAUCAAAGCCGAGCCAAAGUCGACAACUCCGGCCAAGAAGAAUGGAAAGGCGGCAUCGAUCAAGAAAGAAGAAAGUGCGGAUGCUGAGGAUGCUGAGGAAGAGGAAGAGUACCGAUGGUGGGACGACCCGACAAAGAGUGAUGGUACGAUCAAGUGGAAGACACUCGAACACAAUGGCGUUGUCUUCCCUCCUCCAUAUGAACCGCUCCCAAAGAAUGUGAAAUUGAAGUAUGAUGGUGUCCCUGUCAACCUUCACCCUGACGCCGAAGAAGUCGCGACCUUUUUUGGUACCAUGCUAAAUUCAACGCAACAUGUGGAGAAUCCCACUUUCCAAAAGAACUUCUUCAUGGACUUCAAGGAGAUCUUGAAGAAAACUGGCGGUGCCAAGGAUCAAAAGGGCAACAAGGUCGACAUUAAGGAAUUCUCAAAGUGUGAUUUCCGGCCGAUUUUCGAGUUUUUUGAUGCGCAACGCCAGGAGAAGAAAGCUCUUCCACCCGCCGAGAAGAAACGCUUAAAGGCUGAAAAGGAUGAACAGGAGGCACCUUAUAUGUACUGUAUGUGGGAUGGCCGCAAGCAGAAAGUUGGCAAUUUCAGAGUUGAACCUCCCUCGCUCUUCCGUGGCCGUGGUGAACAUCCCAAGACGGGUCGUGUGAAGUCGCGAGUUCAGCCAGAGCAAAUCACCAUCAACAUUGGCAAAGAUGCCCGCGUUCCGCCUCCACCGGAAGGUCAUAAGUGGAAAGAGGUGAAGCAUGAUCAAGAAGGUACAUGGCUCGCCAUGUGGCAGGAAAAUAUCAAUGGCAACUACAAGUAUGUCAUGCUUGCAGCCAAUUCUGAUGUCAAGGGUCAAAGCGAUUACAAGAAGUUUGAGAAGGCCCGAGAACUCAAGAAGCACAUCGCCAGGAUCCGAAAAGACUAUCAGAAGAAUUUGAAGAACGAGUUGAUGGUUGAGCGGCAGAAAGCCACGGCUGUUUAUCUCAUUGACCAGUUCGCCCUUCGUGCGGGUAACGAAAAGGGUGAGGACGAGGCGGACACCGUCGGCUGUUGCUCUCUGAAAUAUGAGAACGUCACACUCAAGCCCCCUAAUAAGGUGAUAUUCGACUUCCUGGGUAAGGAUAGUAUCCGGUUCUACGAUGAGGUUGAGGUGGAUGCCCAGGUUUUCAAGAAUCUGAAAAUCUUCAAGAAGGCGCCCAAGAAGGAAGGUGACGAGAUCUUUGAUCGUCUAACUACCUCUGCCCUCAAUAAGCAUCUCUCGCAAUAUAUGCAAGGCCUUACAGCAAAGGUGUUCCGUACCUACAACGCCUCGUACACAAUGUCCGAACUACUCAAGGACAUGAACGCCACUGGUACCAACGCAGAGAAGGUCAAGGCAUACAACGACGCAAACCGCAAGGUUGCCAUUCUGUGUAACCAUAAGCGAACAGUUACCGCUUCACAUGCUAACCAGAUGGAGAAAAUGAGCGAGCGAAUCAAGGGCCAACGGUAUCAGAAAUGGCGCCUUAAACAGAUGAUGCUCGAUUUGGAUUCCAGCUUGAAGAAGAAAAAGGGCGCCCAAUUCUUCGAGCUAGAUGAGGACAUCGACAAGGAGUGGAUCAAAGAACAUCAAGCUUUCUUGAUUGAAGAGCAGCGGCUGAAGAUCAAGAAGAAGUUCGAAAAAGACAACGAGAAGCUUGCAGCAGAGGGUGAGAAGGAAAUGAAGGCCAGUGAACUCGAAACCCGCUUGGAAGUUGUCAAGGAAAUGGAGAAGAAGUUUGCCAAGGAGAAUAAAACUGGCAAGGUCGAGGUUGAAGGUCGAGGCCCGACUGUCGAAAAACUGGAAGCCGCCGUCACCAAGAUCCAGCAACGCAUCGAUAACAUGGAGCUCCAGGCUCAGGACAAAGAGGACAACAAGGAAGUGGCCCUUGGUACCUCGAAGAUUAACUAUAUAGAUCCUCGACUCACAGUCGUCUUCAGCAAGAAGUUCGACGUCCCUAUCGAGAAGUUUUUCUCGAAAUCCUUGCGCGAGAAGUUCGAGUGGGCCAUCAAGUCUGUUGAUCAGGAUUGGGAGUUUUAA